ACGAUCACUGACCUAUCCAACGGCAAGAAUAAUAGUUCCAUCGAGCACGUGGACGUUAAUAAACACAUACUGACUACUAGUCUGACGCAUCAUUAUGCUACAGUGAUGGACAGCGAAGGAACACUGGGCCGCGGUCACGGCAAUGGGGGCCGUGUACUGCGCCGUCAGCGGUCCCUGGAAUGGCGAGAGAGGCGCGGUUACGGGCCCAGUGCUCAGUCGAGCAGCGACGACGAAGAAAACUCCAAUCAUGCCGUUGGUGCUACCGCGUCGAUUUCUUCCACUGGUAGAGGUGCUCGAAGUCCCGGUCAGGUCUUUGCCUCGCUCCUGGCGCAACAAUACGGAAGUGUUGGCGACCGAUCGUACCGUACAGGUUCCGAUACGGAGGGAGCCGCAACCACCGAUAAUCCGACAACACCGUUCCCAACACCGCCUCCAACCUUGACGCCGAAUCACCGACAGGCGUCUCCGUUUCCUCUGGAGAGCACCAACUCCCGCCGGCAUCAUUACAACGGGAGCAUAUCAUCGGAGAGAUCCCGCAACGGCAACGGUGAAACGGUUUAUGCGGCACCGUCGAAAAAGACGAGCACCGGGGGCGGAACGCUAGGGCGACGUACGCGACGAGGUCACACGAGCGCUUUGAGUAGCAGCUCCACGGCCAGCGCAAAUGUCCUGUCCAGGUCCAUUUACUUCACAGACACGGGUAGAGAUUCACCACCGGAACCGGCGCCACCGGAAGUUCCGCCGCGUGGCCCAUCUCUGCACGCAACUCACACCCUCCGCACGCAGCAAAACCGUAAUGGCUGCCCACCGAACGCCGCUACAGGAAACUAUGUCGUGCCAACCGAGCAGAUGCAGACGGAAAAGUAUUCAGACAAUUAUUGUCCGGGCUACUAA